CUGUGCGUGAGAGGCAACUAGUUGCACUCAGUGAAGUGCGAGGAGUGUUUGGCUUCUCCCGUACCAGCCUCCUCCUCCUCCAUCUAUCCCCCCCGCCCCGAAUUUCCCCUCCCGUUUUGCUCCGAGUUGCGCUUUAUUUGUGUGUGCAGAAAGGGGUGGGGGGGGACGACUUGUAGGGGGGAUGUUCUGUUUUUGCCAGAGGAGCAGUGCAAAAAGGGAGCCUCGGCUCGGAGAAAGUACCAGAGUAAAUAAAUAAGGAGCGGCCUUAAAAUAAAGGUAGCGGCAUAUCCCGGCAGCGAGAAGACUACUGAGCUGUAAAUUGAAAGGAAGAUAAUUUCUGCUUGUGGAGGAAAAGAAGGGUGAAUAACCUCAAUGGAAGACUCUCAGGAUUUAAGUGAACAGUCAUCCUGGAAACUGACUUUGCAUAUCUGGGGAAUUGGUUUCUGUUCUUCAGAGACUACUGAGGUAAAGAAGCCGUGUCCAGAGUCCGAUGGUUCAGAGCCGCAGAAUCCCAGGUCUAUGGAAAUGCAGGAUCUAGCCAGUCCUCAUAAUCUUGUUGGAAGCAGUGAUGCACCAGGUAGUUCCAAGCUGGAUAAAUCUAAUCUCAGUAGCACAUCAGUCACAACAAAUGGAACAGGAGGAGACAACAUGACUGUGUUAAACACUGCAGACUGGUUGCUGAGUUGCAGUACUCCCUCCUCUGCAACAAGUAUGAGAGACCCUGUGUCUCUUCUUGCAGUCAAAACAGAACCCAUGAACAACAGUGAAACAGCAACAACAACUGGAGAUGCAUCGCUUGACACUUUUACUGGGUCAGUAAUAACAAGUAGUGGCUACAGUCCCAGAUCAGCGCACCAGUACUCUCCACAGAUAUAUCCCUCCAAGCCCUAUCCGCACAUUCUUUCUACACCAGCAGCUCAAACAAUGUCUGCCUAUGCCGGACAAACCCAGUAUUCAGGAAUGCAGCAGCCAGCGGUCUAUACAGCCUAUUCCCAGACAGGACAGCCCUACAGCUUACCCACUUACGAUUUGGGUGUAAUGUUGCCAGGCAUCAAGACGGAAAGUGGGCUCUCGCAGACCCAAUCUCCACUGCAGAGCGGGUGCCUCAGUUACAGCCCAGGGUUUUCCACCCCACAGCCAGGCCAAACACCCUACUCUUACCAGAUGCCAGGUUCUAGUUUCACACCAUCGUCCACUAUUUAUUCAAACAAUUCUGUUUCAAAUUCUACAAACUUCAGUAGUUCACAACAGGAUUAUCCGUCAUACACAGCUUUUGGCCAAAAUCAGUAUGCACAGUAUUACUCAGCAUCAACAUAUGGUGCAUAUAUGACCUCAAACAACACGGCUGAUGGCACUUCAUCAUCAUCAACCUACCAAUUACAGGACUCUCUCCCUGGCUUGACUAGUCAACCAGGUACAGAUCUACAUUCAGGGGAGUUUGACACAGUGCAGAGCCCCUCCACGCCAAUCAAAGAUCUUGAUGAGAGAACAUGUAGGAGUUCUGGGUCAAAGUCUCGGGGUAGAGGGCGGAAGAAUAAUCCAUCACCCCCUCCGGACAGUGACUUGGAGCGUGUAUUUGUUUGGGAUUUGGAUGAAACAAUCAUAGUUUUUCAUUCGCUGCUUACAGGAUCGUAUGCACAGAAGUAUGGCAAGGAUCCACCCAUGGCAGUGACCCUUGGACUGCGAAUGGAAGAAAUGAUUUUUAAUCUUGCUGACACACAUUUAUUUUUUAAUGAUUUAGAGGAAUGCGAUCAAGUUCAUAUAGAUGAUGUUUCUUCUGAUGAUAAUGGACAAGACCUAAGUACCUACAGUUUUGCAACUGAUGGCUUCCAUGCAGCUGCAAGUAGUGCAAACCUUUGUCUGCCAACAGGUGUAAGAGGAGGGGUUGACUGGAUGAGGAAGCUGGCUUUCCGUUACAGAAGAGUAAAAGAGUUGUAUAAUACUUACAAGAACAACAUAGGAGGACUCCUGGGUCCCGCUAAAAGAGAUGCAUGGUUGCAAUUAAGAGCAGAGAUUGAAGCUCUGACAGACUCCUGGCUAACAAAUGCACUUAAAUCAUUAUCAAUUAUCAGCACAAGGAGUAAUUGUGUAAACGUGUUGGUAACAACAACCCAGCUUAUCCCAGCACUUGCAAAAGUUCUACUAUACAGUUUAGGAGGAGCUUUUCCUAUUGAAAAUAUAUACAGUGCAACCAAAAUAGGAAAAGAAAGUUGCUUUGAACGAAUAAUGCAAAGGUUUGGCAGAAAAGUAGUAUAUGUUGUAAUUGGGGAUGGUGUAGAAGAAGAACAGGCAGCAAAAAAGCACAACAUGCCUUUCUGGAGGAUAUCCAGUCAUUCGGACCUCUUGGCUCUCCAUCAAGCACUGGAACUAGAGUAUUUGUAACUGUGUUCUAAAGCUGGUGAUCCUUUUAUAUAUAUAUAAAUAUAUAUAUAUAUAUUUCAAGUACACUGAAUUUUUAUGUGUGAUUCAAUGCCUCUGGCUUUACACAUAUGAAUUGUCUUAAGAAGGGAAGAAAUAUUUGGAAUUAAAAAUUCCAAAUUGAAGAAUUCAGAUUGCUGAAUGAAGUUAAAACAUUAGUGCUACGUAAGAAAGCUCUAUGGUCUUAUAUAUGCAACGUUUUUAAAUGAAUUAAAACUGUGGAGGUUGCUGGUACACACCAAGUGAGCCCUGACAGGAGUGAACAAAGGACUCAAACUGGCAAAGCACCAAAGCGCAUUUUCCAGCCAACAAGGUGGUGUUCAACAACAUUCCUCAAAAUGGGAUAUAUUCUCAGCACUGAGGUUUGAACCAGACUUUAGCCUACCUAACCCAAAAAAUCUGAAUUGGAAUGCACUCAGACUGUAUAAUGACAAUCCUGUCUAGACCUGUAAUUUGUGUAAAUUAUUGAUGAAAAUAAUUUACUGUGACUUUAUUAGCAGCUGAUUUUGGAAGUGGAUGCAAUUUUUCUUUCUUUUUUUUUGGGGGGUUGGGGGUGGGCAGGGGAGGGAAAGGGCUAUAUAAUAUUGUCUCUUUUAUAAGUUUGGCAAACAGAAUGUGCAUAUGAUGUGUUGUGCCUUAAAGAGAAGACUGUGUUCGUGUGUUAUAAUGUAAUUUUGGUUAAAAACUAUGUAGAUAAACAAAAAAAACCUUUGUGAUAAUUUUUGACAUGACCAAAUUUGAAAUUCAAAAAAAUCAAAGAGCAGGGCUGCACCAAAGAAUUUAAGUAUUUGUUGCAGUGAGAAAAAAUAAUAAAGGAAAGUUUGUGUUUUUAUUUGGA